AUGCGUCUCUUCCUAAAAUUCGCCUCGGUUGAGGUUAAUGGUGAGGCUUUUAUGACACCCCGGGACUUUAUUGACUGCGUCACCGGUGCUCGACCACCAAUCAGUACCAGACGCCAUGUUAUCGAUGCCCAAAUGGUUGAAAAACUUCUACACAACACACCACGUGCAUCUGACCACAGUGCCUUUUUUCAUACUCUCGACCGAAAUGGUCUUGUCUCUUGUUCUGAAUAUCUCUUCCUGCUAUCAGUCCUGACGAACAAUAGUCAUCACUUGAAUGUUGUUUUUAAUAUGUUUGAUGAAGAUGCCAAUGGAACUAUUGAUAUGUCGGAGUUUCUCCAGAUUAUGAGACUUUGUAAUAUAAAAUUCAAGGGUGCAAAUUCGUCGAACGAAUGUGAAAGCCAAUGUCCUACUACUAUUCAACGCUAUUUUUUCAAUCAAGACGGUUGUGGGAAGUUGAAGUACAAGGACUUUCUUAAAUUUAUAUCUGGGCUUCAAAAUGAAAUACUUCGCGCAGAAUUCUCGCGUUACAGUCUUGGGUGUGACAUGAUUUCACCUAUUCAGUUUGCUCAGGCCAUUCUACGUUUCGCUGAAUUGCCUUGUGCGGUGAAAGAGAAAGGCCUACAAAGUGUAGCGGACAAUAUGUCCGCUUUUGAAGAGGAUACUAUCGAUUUUAACGCCUACUCGGCAUUCUUCCAUCUCCUUUAUCGUUUUGAGGAUCUCUAUUCAGCUCUCAAAAUGUUCAUGGCUUCAAAUCGUUCCAUCUCUAGGGAGGAAUUUCAACGAGCUGCUAGAGCAGUGACCGGCAAGCGAUUGAAUGAUUCCAUCGUCAACACUGUCUUCCUUCUCUUUGACGCCGACGGUGAUGGUCAUUUGAGCGCUGAAGAGUUUAUCUCCGUCACACGAUCCUACCUAGCUCGUGGAACACGUGGUCGGGCGAAUAGAUCUUUUGGUUAG